GCAUCUUUGGCCACGCGACCUCCUGCUUCCCAGAUCAGAGGUGGUCUCUGCCAUUUCUCCUACGCGCGGCUGCUCGAGGACCCCAGCUGUUCAUCGCUUAUCUCCGUGUGCAACUCAUGAACCUCCCGCUGGUCGUAUGCGUCACGAGUUCCUGGCACACUGCUGCACAAGACUUCUCGGCCGACGGCUUGGCAGCGAUGGUGCACGCGCGGCGCUCGAAGGCUCGGGUCAUGGUGGCCACCAUGCUGGCGGUGGAGGGCCAUGAUGGCAUCGUGAAGAGCGGUGCCAUCCGGCCUUCGGAGAUCAAGCAGGGAGAUGCCUGCUAUGGGAGCGGCGUGUACUGCACGAAGCUCCCGCCAAGCACGCCCUUCUACAAGGUUCUUACCAACAACUAUGACAUGGACGGCGGCGUCAACAACAGGGGAACGGACAAGGGGGACAGAGCCAAUUUCGUCGUGUGCUUCAGGGUCGGGCUGAAUGACGCCACCGUCAUCAAUGACACGGCCGGAAGAUCCGUCCUUACGAUUGGUGGUGGCCAGAAUGUCAGCUUAGAUGCAUCUGAGGAUCAUGGCCCUGCGCAGGAUGUUGCCAAGCGAGGGAUUGAUCCACUUCCGAGUGACCUUUACUACUGGAAGCUGGAUUUCUGGCACAUGGACAAGCUCAAUUAUGCCAAUGCCUUGAAGCGCAAAGACAUCUUCUGCGUCAAAGCUGUCACGGCAGACAAAUUGGCGGGAGAGUUAGCGUGGCUGAAGAAGUCGGAUGAGUGGACUCCCACAGACGAUGGCAACCUCCGCUUUCGCGGCAGGUCUGGGUCACUAACGGCAGGUGAGAGAUCCUCCGUUGGCUUUGACAAAGUCAUGGUGAUGCUUUGGUGGACUAGGAAGAACUUCCGAAGUCAAUGUCAGGGGUGCUUGCUUCACGGUGACAUUGACGUAGUUGAAGCGGCCCUAGCCAAGAAGCAAAAACAGUGGUCCAAGCUUUUGGCCGAGCUCGAUUCGCUCGCACCAGAAGGCAAAGAGGUAAAUUUUCUUCGGACAUGGUUGAAAACCAUCACCGAAAAAAGCGGUUGA